AUGAAGCUCAAACUGUUGUUCUGUCUGCUAAUAGGCAGUAUUCAAUGCUCUCCUGGAUUUUAUCCGUAUGGACCUCAAGCCAAUGACAAGAAAAUAGAAUAUACUGUGGAGCAGAGUGCGAUUGCACUUGAUGUUCCAAUCGUCUUCAUGGAAACAUCGAUAGAAGAAAUAUAUCUGUCACACAAUGGAAUUAUCGGAUUAGGACAUCGAGUACCCAAACAUAUUGAGCCGCUUCAGAAGAUUAAACAUCCUGCAAUUGCUGUUUUCUAUGCCCCAGCAUCCGAAGGAAAUUUGUAUUACAGGGUAACAUCAUCGGACCAAUCUCUUCUCAGACACCUUGGAAAUGCCGUCAAGGAGGUGUUUGCUGACUCGCGCGAGUUCCAUGCACUCCAAGCUGUUAUUAUUACAUGGACUGAUGUUCAAAACGCGGAAAAAGACGGACCAGCUUCAUUCCAAAUUGCCAUAGUUUCUGAUGGAAUUUCUACAUAUUCCAUUGUUCACUAUGGCGAGCUGCCGUGGUCCUCUUCGAUGGGAUAUUAUGCCCAGACUGGUUUUGUGCAUUCAGAGGGCAAAUUCCAAACAAAUAUCAAUUCUGGUGGUCCAGAUGUCAAGGAACUUGUCGGCCUCUCCAACAACUUGUUUGGCAACUCAUUCAUCUUUCGAAUUUCGGGACCAUCAAUUGAAGAUCCGAGAGAUGAAGGAGGUGACGAUUAUGAUUACAACAACUACGAUCAAGAAUAUGAAGGAGAGACCGCUGCCGAUUGCCCAAAGGAUCAAUUUGCGGAACACUGUCCACAAGAAUGUCGAUACAUCAGAGAUGAGAGAGGAUGUGCCAGGUGUCUUUGUGCUGAAAAACGCCGCGGACCCCCGCCACUUCCAAAAGAAGCAGUUGUUGAAAACAAGAUUGAUGAUGAGGGAGAUGAGGUUGUGCUCGAAGAAGGAACCCCAUAUCAGGAGCCACAACAAGAAGCUAUUCGCCACGUUUCUCAACCAACAACAAAGUUAACCUGCGCGCAAAAGCUCGAUUCGGUGUGCCACACGCACUCAGUUUGCCAAGAUUACACCCAUGGAUAUUGCUGCAGUUGUGAAACGGGAUACUUUGGAAAUGGCAAGGAAUGCCUUCCGAAGGGAGAACCUCAACGCAUUUCUGGAAGCUUUGAAGGCGUCAUCAAUCGAACUCCGAUCGAUAGAACCGACCUUCACACGUUUGCCACAAUGACCGAUGGAAAUGUUUAUACCGCGGUUUCGAAGAUUCCUUCGGACCUUGGACAUCCGCUUCUGCUUCUCAACACCGUCGGAUCUAUUAUGGGAUGGUUGUUUGCUGAUGUAAAAUCCCCUGAUGUCUACAAUGGAUUUCAUUUGACGGGAGGAUUAUUCAAUCGAACGGUUGCUCUUCAUAUCGGCCAAAAAUACUACGUCACCAUCAAGCAAGAAUUCAGUGGACGGGAUAUCUACGACUAUUUCAAGUCGCAUUUGUUUGUAUCGGGCACUCUUCCCGAUAUUGCGCCGGGAUCCCAAGUUAUUUUCCCCGAUUAUGAGGAAAUUUACACAAGAGAGCGCAAAGGAUAUUUGACAUCGAGAGCUGCCUUGGAUGUCGUGGUUCGUGAUGGAACUUCGUCAGAAACUAUCCGAAUGACGAUUGACCAGCAAAUCAAUUUUAACGAAUGCGCUUUCAAGGACUUUGAUCGUGAUACCUCCAUGAAGCUUCUUAUCAAACGUGUCAAUGUGGUUUACAAUCCGGAUGAAGGAGUUGUCCGUUAUGGAUCUCAGAAUUAUGCCGUUAGAAACAUUGACACUGGCGCUGAAGUCGUCAUUCCUCCUGCCGGUGGGCACUUCGAUCGCAGACAACACGGCCAAUCUCAAAUGGUUUCCGAGACUCCGCUUCAAAUUCCUUCUGAUCCGUGCAAAUCCGGCCAACAUCAAUGCACAUUGCCGAAUAUGAAGUGUCGAGUUGUCGAACCAUCGUAUAGGUGCGAAUGCGAAGCCGGAUUCCAAGCAGUCACCGACACGUCAUCCCAAAUUGGAUGGAGCUGUCAAGAUUUGGACGAAUGCCAGAGAGGUGAUCAUAACUGCGAUCAACACGCGAGAUGUUCUAAUCGAAUCGGAUCUUUCUCAUGCGAAUGCCUUCCAGGAUAUUUGGGAGACGGAAGAACUUGCAUUAGAGAACAAACUGGACAACAACUUGCGGCACAACAUCAUUCAGGAGCAACGUCUGGAGCCACUGCUGAAGGAUUGUGCACGGCGCAUUCGCAGUGUCAUCAAUGGGGAGAAUGUGUGUUUACAUCUGAGCAUCCAACUGGCAGAUGCAAGUGCAGAGGAUGGUACGUCGGAGAUGGUGUUCAUCAUUGCGGCCCACCAAAUGAACAACCGAAACAUAAUGCUAAUAUUCCACAAAGAGGAGGACAUGCUUGUGGAUCACACGUUUGCGAUGAGAAUGCGGAAUGUAUGCCUGAACCUAGUGGAGGAUCUGAAUGUGUCUGCAGAGCCGGAUACUCUGGAAAUGGAAUUGUAUGCGAAAGUCUUCUUGACGACACAAGAAGUGCUCAACGUCAGAAUCAGCGUCAGCAAAACGCGGGAACACUUGGAACAGUCUGCCGAUCUCACGAGGAAUGCUCAGAACAUGGUUCAUGUGCAUACCAUUCAUCACUCGGAUACUAUCAAUGCGCUUGCACCGAACCAUAUGUUGGAAAUGGCGUUGAUUGCGCUCUUCCAGGCGCGGUCUCAGUUGCUUCGGAAGCUGGUUGUGAUGUGACUAAAGACUGCUCGGAAUUCGCCGAUUGUGUCUUCGAGAGGAACAGUGACGGAGUGAUCCGAUUCAAAUGUGUGUGCCAAGCUGGAUACACCGGCGACGGAAAAUACUGCAUGCAAUCUCAACUCGCUAUCUCUGCUUUUUCCCCGUCGGCCCUUUGUUUCCCCUUUCCUAAUCCACCCAUUUCAGUUCCUGCCGUACAAUUGUCAUGCAAUCCCAACUGUGGGGAAAAUGCGCAAUGUCUUUAUGAUAGCCAUACUGGUCAGUUUAAAUGCGAGUGUUUUGCUGCUUUUGUUGGAGAUGGGUACAAUUGUGUGCCUUUGGUGCAAGGAAAUCUUGUCCCCGCACAACCAAAGACCUGUGUCGAAUCGUCUGACUGCCACAUCAAUGGACAUUGCGUUAUCAACGAAAACGGCGCCGGAGAAUACAUUUGCGAAUGUCUUCCUGGAUUCAGUGGAGAUGGUUAUGUCAAAUGCCAAGCAGCAGACGAAUGCAGCCCGUCAAACCCGCAAACUUGUCAUCAGAAUGCUCACUGCGUCUAUGACGAGAUGAAAAACGCAUAUGCUUGCAAAUGCGUCGAAGGCUUCAAAGGGGACCCAACGAGUUGUGUACCAUAUGCGCCGCCAUCGAAUUGCCAACUCGAGCCGAGAAUUUGUCAUGCAAAUGCUCAAUGCGUAUUCCGUCACGAGACCAGCAGCUACGAAUGCCUUUGCAAACCAGGCUCUAUUGGUGAUGGAUAUUCGAAAUGCGAAGUCGUUGACACUCCGAGAUGCACGAAUUGCUCCAUUCACGCCUAUUGCGCCCAGAAUCCGACAACUGGCGGAUACCAAUGCAAAUGCAAUGCUGGCUAUCAUGGAAACGGAUACCUUUGUGUCUCAAUGACAUCCUGUCUUGACGACAGAUCUCUGUGCGAUACGAAUGCUGACUGCGUUCCUGGAGAGGGUGGACACUAUGUGUGCAACUGUCAUUAUGGGUAUCAUGGAGAUGGCAGAACAUGCUCACCCGAUUCAUCUGGUAGAAAUGAGAAACUUCUUAUUGCACGAGGUAUGGCUAUUUUCGAACGCUCAAAUAAUCCUGACGAGUAUGGCAAACAGCUUAUUGUUAUUCCGCAUCACAUUCCUGUUGGCAUUGAUUUCGACUGCAAAAAUGAGAACAUCGUUUGGAGUGACAUGUCCGGCCAUUCGAUCCGCAUUGCUUCCCUCAACGGCACAGAUCACAAGUCAUAUUACGCAAAGGAACUGAGCAGUCCCGAAGGAAUUGCUGUUGAUUGGUCUUCUGGAAACGUUUACUACGCGGAUUCAAUGAAUGACGAGAUUGGAGUUGCAUCGCUUGACGGAAAAUACAAAAAAUCGCUGAUCACCGAGGGUCUCGUGAAUCCAAGAGCCGUCGCCAUUGAUAUGCACGGCAGACAUUUGUUCUACACCGAUUGGCACCGUGAGAACCCGUAUAUUGGACGGGUCGAUCUGGACGGAAAGAAUAACAAGGUGUUCUUGAAUGAGGAUGUUCAUCUGCCGAACGCACUUACGAUCCUUCCAAACAGACGCGAAGUUUGCUGGGUUGAUGCCGGCAACCAUCGACUCUCGUGCAUUUCAAUGAACGGUUCUGGUCGUCGUGUGGUAUUCAGCGGAUUACAGUAUCCGUUCGGAUUGACCAAUGAAAAUGAGAUGAAGUUCUACUGGACCGAUUGGAAAGACAAUCGUGUUCACUCCGUUGGCGUCUACGGUGAUGGCUACCGCAGCUUCCAAAUCUCGCUGGGAGGUUCCGGAAAAGUGUUCGGAAUUUUAAGCAUUCCGAAAUCGUGUGCUGGACCAGCAAGUCCGUGCAGCGUCGACAAUGGCGGCUGUGCUCAUUUGUGUCUUCCUAGUCAGACCGGGGCGCAUUGUGAGUGUCCGGACAACACCAAAGUCAAAGGAUGCUGA